AGUUCACUUCCGUACAGUCCCCUUUCCUAAGCUUAAAUACACACUCACGGUUAUUCACACAAGCGCACACGCAGACCUUCACACAGCGUCAGGCGCGUUUGCAAAUAGCGUCCAGCGGUACUUUUUCUUCUCAGGAGACGCAGGAGCUGUUGGAGGUUCCUAAAAGCAAUUUUGUGAUGCGAAGUUAACAAAAGCCUUACUGCUUUUCACGUGCUCCCUUGAGGUAAUUUUUUUUUUAAAAAAGGGGGAGAUCAGCCUCUCAUUUCAGCAGUUUCGGGGCUAAUGGGUGAAUCUGGUUAAUUGCUUAUCAAAUUUCUGAACAGCGCAAUUUAAAACCAGUAUUUGAAUGGCAAAAUGAAUAAUUCCGUGAAAUAACCCACUCUUCUGGACCAGAGGAAUUCAAGUGAUCAUCUCUGUGCAGCUUCUCCUCUUGUGGAGUGAAGAUGUACCGGAGUGUGUAUGUGCUGGCAGCACUGCUGAUUCUUCUGGUGCUGACACCUGUGGUACCCAGUAGCCAGUCCUGUCCCAGGAGCUGUAACUGCUACCAGGCCAAUGAAGUUCACUGUACCUUUCGCUCCCUGCUCACUAUACCUCCGAGCCUGCCUGCACAAACACGACGUAUAAACUUAGGGUUCAACAGCAUCAGCAGGCUCCAUGACAGUUCACUGAGUGGGCUAAAACAGGUGGAGCUUCUGAUGCUCCACAGCAAUGACCUCCACCAUCUUCCAGAUGCAGUGUUCAGAGAUAUGAAAUCACUGCAGACACUAAAGCUGAGUUAUAAUAAGCUGACAGAGAUCUCCUCAUCUCUGACCUUCUCCGGCCUGACCUCACUUCUGCGUCUGUACUUGGAUCACAACCUUCUGCAGCAUAUCCACCCCCGAGCCCUGCUCCAGCUGCCAAGCCUCAGGCUGCUGCGUCUGCAAGGGAACAGACUGCAUCAGCUGCACCCUCAUGCUCUAUGCACACUGUCCCUGCUAAAUACAUAUUACUUUUCUACACUCAGGCACUUAGAUCUGUCCAACAACAGUCUAACCACUCUGCCCAAAGACACCUUAGUGAAAGCACCUCUGCUGGAGACCCUUGUGCUGCAUGAUAAUCCAUGGAGUUGUGACUGUAGGAUGAACUGGUUUCUCACCUGGAGUCUGGCGCAUUCAGGCCUAAUGAAAUGUCCCAGUGGCCCUCAGUGUCCAACCUGCGCUUCACCCAGUUCCCUUCAAAGACAGGGCUUGCUUGAUCAGACUCACCUGUUGUGCAUCUCACCUGUCAUUGCAUCUUCAGGAAGGGACACACCUUUGGAGACAGAAAUGAGUAAAAUCCAAUCAAGUGAAAACUUCAGAGAACCGUUAGGGACUGCCUCUCUGGGUCUGUCUGACCAGCAAGGGAAUAGUGUUGAUCUGAGUUGCAACAUCACUCACUCUUCUGACUCUCAGGAUAUUGCUCCUCCUCAAGAUCUCUCUGUUUCCUCCUCUUCUCCUCUCCCCCUCGCUGUGUCACUCUCCCUGGAGUGUCCUGUGGAGAGAGAGAGCUAUGAGAACCUGUGGAGAAUCCUGGCUUACUACAGUGAGACUGCAGUUCACCUUGAGAAGGAGCUCAUGCUGAGCAAAGCCCCAGCAUUGGCCUACCACUAUACGCAGGUAGCAGAGACAAAUGGAUAUUAUCACACUGGAGUCAAAGCUUCUGUUAAAGCCAGGCCACACUGGUUACUACAGCCAGCGAUUAGCAUCCAGCUGAACAGAGCGCAGUCUAAUGGUCACAAAGUUCACCUUAUAUAUUCAACAAGAGUUUCUGCUCAUCCUGACUCUACUUCUUAUCCAUCAGCGUCUCACCCAUGGGUUCUGAUUUCAACUAAUCAUACCACCACAGCACUGGCAGCAGUAGCAGGCAGUAAGGUGGAGCUCUCCUGCCCUCUUCUAAGUUCUGGUAACCCCAUAAUACAGUGGAUUCUCCCAGAUGGAACCAAGCUCAUCUUCCCAUCUAGCAGCCUGGAUGGUAGGUUCCAGGCCUCAGCCUCUGGUUUGCUUCUACAAAAAGUAAAGCUCUCAGAUGCUGGGCUUUACUAUUGUGUAGUGCAGGCUGGCACAGAUGUAGAUGUUCUCCCCCUACGCCUGGCAGUGGAGCAGUCCUCUGUUCCACCCUCAGGAGAGCAAGUGGGACCUACUGUCACUGGAACAGAUGGGGAACCUGUCAGUUUGUCCUGCAAGGCAUCUGGUUCACCUGCACCUCAUAUGAGUUGGGUGUUGCCAGACCAAAAUAUAAUAUGGUGGGGACUGGCUGGAUCAGGUGGACUCAGUAUACAAUCAAAUGGGAGUCUCUUUCUGCCUAACCCUUCACUGAGGGACACUGGUCAUUACCGCUGCAUUGCAGUCAACCAGUAUGGUAGUGACUCUCUCUCCAUGAAGCUGGAAUUAAAACCAGAACAUCCCCUUCCACUCAGGACUUCAUUUCCCAGAGGGCCACAGUCAGCUGCUGGCCGGUCAACCAAGGUACGAGCACCUUUACUUUUGGAGGAAGGAUCAGGGGAUGAAGAAGAAGAAAAAGAGAGAACUCCUUUUGGCAAUAGGAAGCAUCUGAGACCUCUCCAGCCUCCCCCAAACAGACGUUAUCCAGUUGGGAAACCCCGAAGACGUGGGCCUUUUAGAGAGGGCCCCCUGAGAAGAGGAAGGCCUGUAUCCCCCACUGACCAGAGGAAAAACCAGCAUAACAACAGACAUAGGGCAACCACAAACAAGCAAAGGAUAGACCCUCAGAAAUGGGCAGACCUGUUGGCUAAGAUACGUCAAAAGACUGCUCAGAUUAAUAGCAACAACCAACCUACUGCAACAGGAAAGCCCACACCUGAAUCAGUGGGCAGAGACAACGACAUAGACACAACAAGACUUCAGGGAGCUGAUGAUACACACAGAGGCAGAGUUGAGAGCUCAGAGGUGGAAGAAGAAACUGAAGGGUCCUCUGUAGAUGACACUGUUCUACAAGAGGAAGGCCUACAGCCCAUCCAUCCUGUGCUCACAGAAACAAUAACAGACACAGAGAGGCCAACAGAAACACAGACAGAUAUAGAGGACAAGACACACACACACACACAGAUCCCAGGCCCACAGUCAGAGACCGUGACAAACCCAGAAACACAGAAAGAGCCAGUCACAUCUAAGCCAGUUUCUGGAGCAAAUGAAAUUGUCCCAGAACCAGCUGAAGGACCUGAGCAAGAAGUAAACCCCAAACCAUCUAGAACCAGGCCUGAGGACCCCCAGCAGCGACUCUUACCUAAUUUGGUUCCAAACUCUAGAAGGCAAAGACCUUGGAACUCUCGCAGGAGGAUUGGAGAGCAAAGACAAAUCAUUAACAGGCCUAGAGCGCGACCUUUGACACCACCUCGACCUCUCCCUGACCCUACAAACCAGAGGUCACUAACCAUGACACCUGACAAAUCCGCAUCAACAACCUCAUCUGCAGCAUUUUUGACAAGGAACGACCAUACUAGGACUCCUGCAUUGGGCGUACCACUGAACCCUCUGCCUGCCCCUGUUUCUUACACUCUUGGUAUGCCCACUAGAGAAUCUGGCUCCCCCUCACUGACUCCCUCUCCUCCCCACUUCUCCUCAUUAUCCUCCUCUCAUACAAAGGCACAUAUAGACAUGAUGACUCACACAACCAGCAUCCCAGACCCUGCAGAAUCGGUUCUUUUCAACACAUUGACACCAGCACCCACUCAUUCAAAUGUUGUGAUUUCACAGACACAUGUGCCACACACACACACCAGGACACUUACAGAUGGUGUACAGACACACACAAAAACACACACAGCCUUAGGCAAACACACUGAAAGAUUUCCAGGCAAACACAUUAAGGAGGUGGAGUGGAAUUUUUUGGAUGUACCAUAUGCAUCUCCCUCCAUCACUCUUUCUGCCACUCACUCCUCAGUUGUUUCCACCACAGUCCCCAGUGCAGCUACAGCUACUAAUGCAAAAAUCACAACCACUCUAAAAAGUAGUUCUUCUAGAAGUACUAGCAGUACAUCUACUAUUAUAACUAGGAAGGACACACUUCCGACAACGACUACAGUUACUCCCAUGACUACAAAUGCAAUCACAUUCACUACAACUACCAAUAUUAUUCCAAAAUCUAAGACUAACAACAACACUACAACUACCCCUACCUCUCCUAUUACCACAACUCCUAUUCUUACAUUUACUACUCCCACUCCCACUACCAUGUCUUCAAUUAGCCCUUAUGCUGCUGCUUUUACUACUAGUAGUACUGCUAGUAGUACUAAAAUUUCAUUCAAAGCUAAUACCACAACUUCUAAACCCACUACUACAGCUACAGCUACAUCUACUACUCCUACUACUAGCACUAGAAUGAUCAUCUCAGCCAGAAUUUCUUCAACCACUCCAAAAGCAGCUACUUCUCAUACACCUAAUACUACUACCAAAACAACAGCAACAAGUACCAGAGCAUCAUCCAAAGAGAGGCCAAGCACUGGCCAAGUUAACCUCCAAAGAAGGCCCAAUUCUUGGACUCCAAACCAGAGUUGGUCACCUAUUGACAGGAAAAACCCUGGAGCUAAUUCUAUCCCUGAUUCACACAGCAGCAGGCCGCACUCUCCUUCAUUACCUGCUGUCCCCAGGGCCCCAGCUGUGAGCUCCAGACCAAGAAUUGCAGACCCACACAUCAGGACAGCAUCAUUCCCAGCAGAGAGCACUGCCAGGCUGGCUUGUGAAGCUCAAGGAGAGCCGAAGCCCUUCAUAACAUGGACCAAGGUCGCCACAGGGGCAGUGAUGUCAGUCCACUCCAGGGCUCAGCGUUUUGAGGUCUUGCCAAACGGCACCCUUGUUAUCCAGAAUGUUCAGCUGCAGGAUAGAGGCACAUAUAUCUGCAGUGCACACAGCUUUCUAGGUCGUGACAGGUUACUAACUGCCCUAGAGGUGUGGACCCGCCCUCCUCGGAUGAAGUUGGUGAGCUACAGAGAAGCCACAGUUCAUCAGGGUGGAGAGCUGCUCUUGGAGUGCCAGGCGGAUGCUGUUCCCACCCCUCUGCUGUCGUGGAUUCUGCCUGAUCGUUCUGUCUUGACCUCUGCUGCUUCCUCCGCCAGUCGCAUCUCUAUGAACACAAACGGAAGCCUCCAUAUCUCAGUAACUUUACCAGGUGAUAGCGGAGUGUAUCGCUGUGUAGCCUCCAACUCAGCAGGUACUGCCAGUGCCUCUGUGCAUGUACACGUGUCCUCGUUGCCCCCGGUGAUACAGCAAGCCAGAGAAGAACACCUGCUCUUGUCUCUAGGGAGGCCUGUCUAUGCUCACUGCUCUGCCCGAGGUGCCCCACCACCAACUCUGCGCUGGCGAAUCCCAGAUGGGACUCUGGUCCGUCCAUCCCAGUUUCUCCAUGGCAACCUUUUUGUCUUGCCCAAUGGGACACUGCAUAUUCAAAGAGUUGGGCCAAAGGACUUAGGGAGUUAUGAGUGCACAGCUAGUAAUGUUGCUGGAGCUGAUAAGAGGACAGUGUGGGUAGAAAUUGAAGGGGCAACAGAAAGAGGAAGAAAGGAGGGGGGUUCAGGAAAAGAAGAACCAAAAGCAGCUGUUACUGAAAAAACAUCUGCUUCACUCACUAAAGACAAAAAUGUGUCCAUCCCUAGCCACCCUUCAAAUCCAUCUAACUCCUCUAAACUCUCGCCUCCAUUACUCUCCAGGACUUUGCCGCUCACCCCAAGCUCCUCUUUUUACCUCCACCAGCCCAAUUCCAUGAACUCACCUCCUAAAAUCAAUAAAACCGUCACAGCCUCACCCACACACUCUACCAACAUCAACAUAACACACCUUUCCUUUCGCCGCCUACCUUCCACAAAUAGGCCAGAAUUGUCAGGAAAUAUUGUUAACAACACAGUUACUUCAUCUAUCUCUGACAAAAGCAGAAAUUCAGCUGUUUUGCAUCCCUUGCCCAACCCCCCAUUAAGUAAAGCCCGCAUUGUCUCUACGUCACCCUCCAUCACUACUGUUGACUAUGGGAGGAUUUUGCAGCUCCACUGCUCUGUAACUGGCAACCCGUCCCCCAUCAUCAUUUGGAGGACUCCCAACAGGAAACUGACAGACAUGCACUUCAGUUUUGACCGACGACUGAAGGUGCAUCCUAACGGUACCUUGUCAGUCCAGGCAGUAACGGAGAAGGAUGCUGGAGACUACCUCUGUGUCACACGCAACAAGGUUGCAGAUGAUUAUCGCCUCCUGCAUGUAUCUGUGAUUACCAAGCCUGCCAAGAUUGCACCAAAACAACCACUCCAUCAGAUGGUGUCAUUUGGCAAACCACUGAAGGUGGACUGCCAGGCAUCGGGACUGCCUGACCCAACUGUUCGCUGGAGCCUACCAGAUGGAACCAUGGUGAACAGUGUGUUGCAGGGGGAGGACAGAGGGGGACGAGCAAGGAGGCUAACUGUGUUUGGCAAUGGGACUUUACUGGUUCCAGUAGUGGGUAUGGGAGAGGAAGGGGAGUACACAUGUUAUGCUGAAAAUCAAGGCGGUCAAGACACCAUGAAGGUCAAAGUAAAGGUCAUGAUGACAUCUCCUCCAACUUUCACAAAUGACAGAAGGUACCACGUCAUCAAAGUACAUCAGGGGGCAACUGCCAGAAUUCGCUGCCAGGUCACAGGAGAUCCUCUCGCAACAGUGAUGUGGUUUUCCCCGGUCCAUCGUGUCAUACCACGAAGGUUGGGCUCUGGUUAUUAUUCUGAGCGGGUUGCGGUGCUAUCAGAUGGAACUCUGGAGGUGUAUCUGGCCCAAAAGGAUGACAGAGGAAACUAUACAUGCCGAGUAAGUAGUUCAGCUGGGGAGAGGAGCAUGGUGGUAGGCCUGGACGUGGAGGCUCCUAACCAUGCAUCGAGUGGCCAGGCGAGAGGAAGAGGUUGGAGUACUAGCAGUGGACCCAGUAAUAGUAGAUCAGGGGGGAACAGUAAAAAUAAUGUAGGGUUAAUCCAGUAUGAAUUUACCAACGGAGCCACACACAAGCUGAGUAGCAAUAACAGUAAUAGUGAUAUUAAUGGCAGGAUAAGAUACAUUGUUCCAAACACUGGUGUUAACAUAGCAAACAGUGGCUCUAAUCCUGCCUUUAGGGGUUAUAGUGAAAAUGCAUUCAACAGGCCUGUCAGUGGGAUUAUACCACACCUUAGUAGCAGUGUAAUCAGCAUCGGGGUGAGUGGGGAGAAGAAUACAGGCAUUAAGGCGGGUAACACUUUAGACAGAAAUGAACCAGGCAUUAAGAACAGCAGUCGUAAUAGUGUAGCUAUCAGUCACAACAGAAUUAGAGGAGACGGUGUAGAGAAUACUGGGAGUAAUUAUAAUAAAGCCACUGUGGGAAAGGGUGGUAAUAAUAUCCCUGGUAGAGACAACAGUGGGACAAGUAGUGUUUCUAGAAAUGCUGGAAUUAGUAGCAGUGUGUCUGAGAGUGGAGCUGAUACUGGUACACUCAGUUACAGUAGGAGUCAAAACUCUACUCACACUGUUGUAGGUGUGGUAAUGACAGUGAAACAUGCAGUGAAAGGUCAAACUGUUAUUUUACAUUGUCCUUCACAAGGCCCCCCUCCCCCUCGUCUCACCUGGCUUCUGCCUGGUAAUGGUGUGGUACCGGCUCCAUAUUAUGGGGGUCGACUCACUGUGCACCGUAAUGGGUCCUUGGAGCUGCGAGGUGUGCAGGCAAAUGAUGGCGGGACCUUGGUUUGUGUAGUGAGAGGUGAGAGAGGAGAGACGAGGAUACAGGUGGAGCUGGUGGUCUCUGAUCCACAGAAGGAGUCCAGAUCUCCACCCAGGGAACCAGCUGUGGAAAGACCUCUUCAGAAAAGUGUUGGUUUUAUUGAAGCACCUCAAUCAGGAGCUGCAUUGGAUUCAGCCCAGUCCUUAAGCUCACAGGUAGUGUUAUCUGAGGUGCUUCCUCCAAGAAUCCCAGUCACUCAAAAGCAUUUGCAGAGGGUCCUCAGUUUACCUGCUGUACCUCGUCCCCUUGGCCCUCCACCUCGCUCUGCUGGCCCUGUCUCAGAACCAGCAGUGAUCACCAGAACAGCCCCCUUGGUAAGUAUCAUUAAUGGAGAGACCCUUCGUCUUCGUUGCCCUGCUUCUCAAACCCCAGGGUAUACCCAGGGAUCUUUCUCAUGGACCCUGCCCAGUGGCAAGGUGCUGUCCCGGGGUGAGGGUGGUGACCUGGACCGUUACCGAGUGCAAGAGGAUGGAACACUAACAGUGCAACAGGUCUCUGUGUUUGAUCGAGGCACCUACACGUGCAGAGCCACCAGUUACGAUUCCUCCUCAGUUUCAGUCAUCGCAGUUCCUGUCAUCAUCAUCGCCUACCCUCCUCGUAUCACAACAGGCCCCUCCCCUGUGACCUACACACGCCCCGGGGUUGCUGUGGAGCUACCUUGCCUGGCCAUAGCAACACCAAAGGCAACCCUUACCUGGGAAACACCAGACCUGAUACAGUUGAGGGUGAUGGGUCAGCCGCGUAUCUAUGGCAACCACUACCUUAGUCCUCAGGGUUCCUUAGUGAUACAGAAGCCAACAAGUAUGGAUACAGGAUUUUAUAGAUGUAUCGCUAAAAAUGUAAUAGGAGUGGACACCAGGGUGACCUACCUGCAUGUUAUAUAAUAGGGUGAAAUACACAGGCACAGUAGAAAGACAGAGUCACUGCUCUGUACUGGUGAAUGAACGUCUCAGCUAUUAACACCAUGUGUCUUUCAUGCUCAAAGGAACUGCAAGGCUCCAUUCAGGAGAUACUCUUGAAUCUCAGAAACACCACUAUUAAUAUACAGUCUCAUUUAUGUACUUUUUAGAUUUGAUUUCCCAAUACUGUAUUGUUUUUUAUAUCAGGAGUUGCCUGGUUCUCUGCAGAUUCAGUCAGGUCUUUGCUUCUACAUGAACUAGGAGGACUAUGCAGCUGGAGGUAUACACACUACCUUUGUGCCUUCUUAUCUGUCUAUCAGCCUUGAAAUGGUGCUCAUGUUACACAUGCAGUUAAAGUUCAACAAAAGGCAGAACAUAUUAAAUAUUGCUGCAAAAAUGCAAAUGCCCACAUCAGUAGCUGUGGACUGCUACAGUGGACUCAGCUAACUACAGUAUUUUGUUUUCUUUUGCAAAACUGGCUAUGUUCUCUUGCCUUGUGUUAAAGUUUUUAGGAGCAGGCAGUAUGGACAAAAUUAAUAUCUGAGCAAUCCAAAAACUACUUUUAUAUCAAUGUAUAAUCUACUAAUAUUUACAUCGUGCCAGGGAAAUGUGUUCAUUGAUUUGUCCCCGAUUCCAUUUUGCACUGUUUCAAACUCAGUAAAUACUAAAUUCAUUAAUCCAACCCUCUAAAAACAAGGGUCCUUUACUAGGCUUUAUUAGGCAUCACAAGUUUAUUUUAAUACACAACAACAAUUCAAAGUCCUUAUCACAAUGUACACAAAUAGAUAAAAAAAACAUUAAAAUGCAGUUACUAGGAACUUUAACACUAUCACUGUAAUAUGAAAUAUCACUGACUCAUUGAGUAAUAAUGACACCCUGCAGCUUCUGACCACCAGUUGUCUUUAACAACUGUCUACAGUGCUAUCAGCCAUGUUAAUGUUCAGUAUUGUGUAAUUAAAUCUAAUCCUGUGUGAUCUUGGUUGUUGUAAAAUAUUUCAAUUUUUUGCAACUUGGUUUAAAAUGUGUGAGUUAAUAUUUACUGUGUUUGCUACUGAAAAGAUUUAUUUUUUAAAUAAACUACAUAUUACAAAGAGGAUGAAUUUUGCAGUUGUGGUGCAUAUUGUACGUAGCAAACAGUAGCUUAAAUUGGCAGCGUUAUUUGAAAUGAACUGCCUUUACAUUACAUUGAACCUGUGAAAUACAUGAUGGUGGAGGACUUUGGCCUUACGAUUCACCCAAACAUCAGCAUUGUUUGGGAUUUAUGAGCCCCUGUCACUCUUCUUGAGACCUGUGAAUUUCAAACAACUAUUGUUCUACCAUCAUCGUUUGUAUCUCUUAUACUCACUGAGUUACUGGGGCAGAAUGGGAGAUGGUAUAAAGCAUUCAUGUCAACACAGUAGACAGUUCUUUGAAGAGUGAUCUUAUUUUG